AUGACGUCGCUACCUGUCCGAGCGCCUUCGUGGGUUUCUUCCCGGAGAAUCUUCGAGGAGAAGCUUCAGGAUCUUCCCAAGUGCGCCAAUUUAAGGCAGGUGAAGCAGCUUCACGCGCAGAUAAUAAGGCGAAACCUUUACGAAGAUCCACACAUCGCGCCAAAGCUAAUCUCCGCUCUUUCUCUCUGCCGCCAAACCAAUUUAGCUGUUAGGGUUUUCAAUCAGGUUCGACAACCCAAUGUCCAUCUCUGCAAUUCUCUCAUUAGAGCUCAUGCUCAGAACUCGCAACCCUAUCAGGCUUUCUCCGUUUUCUUCGAGAUGCAGAGUUUUGGCCUUAUCGCAGAUAACUUCACCUACCCUUUUCUUCUCAAAGCUUGUUCUGGUCAAUCGUGGUUGCCUUUGGUGAAAAUGAUGCAUAGUCACAUUGAAAAGUUAGGGCUUUUGUCUGAUAUAUAUGUUCCCAAUGCCCUCAUCGAUUGCUAUUCUAGAUGUGGUGGUUUGGGUGUUGAAGCGGCGAUGAAUCUGUUCAUGAAGAUGGGAGAGAGGGAUACUGUGUCUUGGAAUUCGAUGCUUGGUGGGUUUGUGAAAGCUGGGGAAUUGAGAGAUGCUCGCCAACUGUUUGAUGAAAUGCCUCAAAAGGAUUUGAUUAGCUGGAACACAAUGUUGGAUGGAUACGCCAGGUGCAGAGACAUGAGUAGAGCCUUUGAUCUGUUCGAGCAAAUGCCUGAGAGAAACACUGUAUCUUGGUCAACAAUGGUUAUGGGUUAUAGCAAAGCCGGAGACAUGGAAAUGGCUAGAAUUCUCUUUAAUAAGAUGCCGGCUAAAAACGUGGUCACAUGGACCAUACUUAUUGCUGGAUAUGCGGAAAAGGGCCUUAUGAAGGAGGCUGAUAAAUUAGUCGACCAAAUGGUGAAUGCCGGUUUGAGAUUUGAUGCCGCGGCUGCUAUUAGUAUCUUGGCUGCUUGUGCCGAGUCUGGUUUGCUCAGUCUAGGAGUGAAGGUUCACUCCAAAAUUAAAGGGUCUAACCUCAGUUCUAAUUCUCAUGUGUUAAAUGCACUACUUGAUAUGUAUGCAAAAUGCGGUAGUCUAAAAAACGCGUUUGAUGUGUUUAACAACAUGCCCAAGAAGGACCUCGUCUCCUGGAACACUAUGCUUCAGGCUCUUGGCGUUCAUGGCCACGGAAAGGAAGCACUUGAGCUUUUUUCGAGAAUGAGAAGGGAAGGGAUUUGGCCUGAUAAAGUUACGUUCAUCGCUGUUUUAUGUUCCUGCAAUCACGCGGGUCUCAUUGAUGAAGGCAGAGAUUACUUCUACUCAAUGGAGAAGGUGUAUGAACUUGUUCCACAAGUUGAACACUAUGGUUGUCUUGUUGACCUAUUAGGUCGAGGGGGGCGGAUAAAGGAAGCGAUUAAGGUUGUACGAACAAUGCCUAUGGAACCCAAUGUUGUUAUUUGGGGUGCUCUUCUUGGAGCGUGCAGGAUGCAUAACGAGGUGGAUAUUGCUAAGGAAGUCCUGGAUCAUCUGGUUAGAUUAGACCCUUCUGAUCCAGGAAACUAUUCGCUGCUGUCAAAUAUUUACGCAGCAGCAGAAGAUUGGGAAGGUGUUGCUAGCAUAAGGUCAAAGAUGAAGAGUAUGGGAGUAGAGAAACCAUCUGGAGCUAGUUCGAUUGAAUUGGAGGAUGGGAUACACGAAUUCACAGUGUUUGACAAAUCACACCCAAAAUCUGAUCAAAUAUACCAGAUACUUGGUAAUCUAAUCGAACCUCCAGAUACCGGUGAGCUGGUUGCCGUUGGAUAA